UAGGCCUCAGCUCCUUUCUGCCUACAUCCUCUCCUUCCCCCAGACAGACAGCUUGGGCUUGGGAAAGGCAGGCAGGCGCGUACUCUCCCUGAGGGUGUGGUCCCUGGGACUUAAGGGCAUCGUAGCCGAGGGGUCUGGUCCAGAACGAAACAUGGACCGGGCCGGCCCCAGGCAUGGCAGCGUUUCUUUUCGAAAUAGUGCUCCCUUACGUAUUCGACUGGCGUUUAGGUGCACACCAUGUAAUAUGCCGGACUCUGGUAGACUCCGGGGCUCUCUAAGUGAAGAAUGCUCCAGGAAGCGUCAGGAAAUAACUCCUUCUCCAGGGUUCUAGAUUCCAGCCUCUAUGGAAACUCCUCCAAGUGUGUGGCCUUGGCUUUCAGCUUGUGUGGAGAAGUUGUUGUGGAAGCCACCUAUAAAUCCAUUCACCGAAUUUAUGGAGGAACCUGCAAAUGUUGGAAGUCAUUCAGAAGAACUGGUUUCCCACUUUAAACGUAGACCAGAGAAAGAACAUUUACCACAGCAUGCCAGUGAAAAUCAACUCAGCUGCCUAAAGCAGGACAUCCUAAAUGAAAAGACUGAAUUGGAAGCCACAUUUAAGGAAGCGGAGAUAGCAACUUGUUCUGUGGAAUUACUUUUGCCAUUGUUUAAGGAAACCAUUGAAGAGAUAAGUUUUGAAAAUGCUAAUCUUUCUGCAUCUAAUUUGAAGAUUUCUAAACAGAAGGAAAUAUUAACAAAAGAAUUAGACACUUUAAAAUGUGUAAGACAAGCUUUAGAACAUCAUCUUAGAAAGAAAGAAUACCAACAAGUGGAGGGCAGUUUAUCCAGCAUGUUAGAGAAGCUGACUGAUAAUGAAAGUGAAAACGCUAAUCUUAAAAAGAAGCUACUUGAAAAGGAGACCUGUAUCCAAGAACUUUCUUGUCUGUUUCAGAAUGAAAAGGCAAAUGCUUUGAAAGCAAACCGUUUUUCACAAUCAGUAAAAGUAGUACAUGAACGACUACAGUUCCAAGUUCAUAAAAAGGAAGCAGAGAAUGAUAAAUUAAAAGAAUACAUAAAGAGCUUAGAAACCGAGAUAUCAGAAUGGAACUUGCAAUUGAGAAAGAGUAAGCGUGAGGCUGUAGCAAUAAAAGAAUCAAGUAGGCAAAAAGCUAUAGCUUUAAAAAAGGCAUCUAAAAUUUACAAACAAAGGAUUGAACAUUUUACUGGAGACAUGGGAAACCUUACUUCCCAAAUUAGAGAGCAGGAAGCCAAGUUGUCUGAGACAAUUUCAGCUUCCAAUGCCUGGAAAAGUCAUCAUGACAAAAUUGUAAUAGAAAAAAACGAAUUGGAAGUUCAGAUCGAAACAAUGAAAAAGCAAAUCAUUAAUCUUUUGGAAGACCUGAAGAAAAUGGAAGACCAUGGAAAAAAUUCAUGUGAAGAAAUUCUUAGAAAACUUCACACAAUUGAAUGUGAAAAUGAAUCUCUGAAUCUUGAGAACACAAAAUUAAAGACUGCACUUGCUGCUUUGAAGGACGAGGUUGUUUCUGUUGAAAAUGAACUCUUAGAAUUACAAGAAGUAGAAAAACAACAGAAAACCCUUAUUGAAGUUUAUAAAACUCAGAUACAAAAGUUGCAAGAAGCAGCUGAAAUGGUGAAAAGCAGAUGUGAAAAUUUGCUACAAGAAAAUAACCUAAUAACAAAAAACAAAAAUAAAAAAUUAAAGAAGAUGAGAGGCCAGAUGGAGUCUCAUCUGAAGGAGUUAGAGCACGUCCGUGAUUCCUUGACGGCGGCGGAACAGAGGCUUCACGAGUGUCAGGAGAGCCUGCAGCACUGCAAGGGGAAGUGUGCAGACCAGGCACACACCGUUAGGGAGCUUCAGGGCCAGGUUGAUGGAAAUCAUAAUCUUCUGACAAAGCUUUCUCUGGAAGAGGAAAAUUAUCUUAUUCAGUUGAAGUGUGAAAACCUACAACAAAAAUUAGAACAGAUGGAUGCAGAAAAUAAAGAGCUUGAAAAGAAGCUAGCAAACCAAGAAGAAUAUCUUAAGCACAGCAAUCUUAAGUUUAAAGAGAAAUCCGCAGAAUAUACAGCAUUGGCCAGACAGCUGGAAGCUGCUUUAGAAGAAGGAAGACAAAAGGUUUCUGAAGAAAUAGAAAAAAUGUCAUCUGGAGAAAGGGCUUUACAAAUUAAAAUAUUAGAUCUGGAAACUGAACUUAGAAAGAAAAAUGAAGAACAAAAUCAACUUGUUUGCAAAAUGAACAGUAAAGCACAACAUCAGGAAGUAUGUUUGAAAGAAAUACAACAUAGUCUUGAAAAGUCGGAGAAUCAAAAUGAGAGUAUUAAGAAUUAUUUACAGUUUCUUAAAACUUCUUAUGUAACAAUGUUUGGAUGAAUUGUUCGAUUUAUUUUCUAUAAACUAGCUUUUUACUAUGAGUCUAAAAAGUAAUUAGGUAAAAAAUAAAUAUACUAUCUGUUGUUACACUUUAUAAUUUAUGGGUGGUAGUAUUAGUGUUUUUAUGUAAAGAUUUUUGAAACAUAAUUUAUUAUCCAGCUGAAACUUUAAAACAAGGUACAUGUUAGUACUCCUUUUUUGCUAGGUAAUUUUCAUUUAGCUCUGGGUUAAUUUGUAUUUAAUUUAUUUUGGUUUUUAGAAAAUUUUACACAGACAUGGAAGAGAAGUGAGAAUGAUUCUUUGUGACUGUUGCCACCAUUCAAGUGAGUUUGUAAUAAACCUAGGCCAAUUGUGGGCCCAAUACAUGAUUUUAAAUAAUGUGCAUAAUUGUUUCAUAUUAUGGUGCUGUAUAUGUAUAUAUAAAUUAAUAUAAUAAAGGAAAUAUCCUGGAUGUUA